CUUACUUUAGGAAGGAGAACCCUGGAAACCCUGUGGCCUUGUGUAGAGGAAACAACACACAAUGUUUUCAUAAAAAAAAUCAUCGGCACGAAAGCGGAAUAUUAAGCACACACUGUUGAGUGUGAGAAACUUAGAUUUUUCAUUUUCCAUCGUUCCUGGAUCUCAUCAUGAGCUACAGGAAGAUGGACAAGCAUGGAAGUCCACAGUAUUGCCGUCAUUUUCUGGCUGAUAAUGGCAUCUUUCAUGUUGAGCGAUGCAUGAGUGUUAUGCAGUCCGGGACUCAGAUGGUGAAACUAAAGACAGGUUCUAAAAGUCUAGUUCGGCUCUUCUAUCUGGAUGAACACCGGUCGUGCAUCCGCUGGAGACCAUCUCGUAAGAGUGAGAAAGCCAAAAUCACUAUCGACUCACUCUACAAGGUCACGGAGGGCCAUCAGUCUGACAUCUUCCAUCGCCAUGCGGAGGGGAACUUUGAUCCGAGCUGUUGUUUCACUAUUUACCAUGGCAACCACAUGGAGUCUUUGGAUUUGGUCACGUCGAAUGCAGAGGAAGCGCGGACGUGGGUGACAGGACUCAGAUAUCUGAUGGCCGGUAUCAGCGAUGAAGACUCGCUAGCUAAGAGACAGCGCACCCAUGACCAGUGGAUGAAACAGACCUUCGAGGAAGCUGAUAAGAAUGGAGAUGGUUAUCUGAACAUUGAGGAGAUCUACCAGCUUUUACACAAGAUGAAUGUCAACUUGCCUCGCAGAAAAGUCAAACAAAUGUUUCAGGAAGCAGAUACUGAUGACCAGCAGGGCACACUGACGUUUGAGGAAUUCACGGUCUUCUAUAAGAUGAUGUCUUUAAGACGUGACCUCUACCUUCUGCUCAUGUGCUUUAGUGAGAAGAAAGAUCACCUCACAGCAGAGGAACUUGGCAAUUUUUUGCGUGUGGAGCAAAAGAUGUCGAAUGUGACCCAUGAGAACUGUCUGGACAUAAUCAAUAAGUUUGAGGUCUCUGAGGAGAACAAGCAGAAUGAAGUUCUUGGAAUUGAAGGGUUCACCAAUUACAUGCGCAGCCCUGCGUGUGAUGUGUUCAACCCUCAACACAAUGAGGUUAAUCAGGACAUGGAUCAGCCUCUGUGUAACUAUUUCAUAGCCUCUUCCCACAACACUUACCUGACCGGAGACCAGCUGCUGUCCCACUCAAAGACAGACAUGUAUGCAUGGGUGCUACAGGCCGGCUGCCGCUGUGUGGAGGUGGAUUGUUGGGAUGGUCCAGAUGGGGAGCCCAUGGUCCAGCAUGGAUACACCCUCACCUCCAAGAUUACAUUUAAAUCUGUCAUUGAGACCAUCAACAAAUAUGCCUUCAUAAACAAUGAGUUCCCAGUGAUUCUUUCCAUAGAGAAUCAUUGCAACAUUCAGCAGCAGAAGAAGAUAGCAGAGCAUCUGAAAGAGAUCUUCGGAGACAAGCUGGAUGUGGGGGAGGCCCUGAACAAAGACCCCAAGCAGCUUCCCAGCCCAAACUGCCUGAAGGGAAAGAUACUCAUAAAGGGAAAGCGUCUUCCUCCUUACCUGUCUGCAGAUGCUGAGGAGGGCGAGGUGUCUGACGAUGACAGUGCUGAUGAGAUUGAAGAUGACUUCAAACUGAAGAACAGCAUGUCCAACGGACCGAGUCAGCACCAGGUAGAGACGCACAUUAGGAAGAAACUCGACUCUCUGAUGAAGGAGUCUCAGAUCGGGGACAAAGAAGACACUGACAGCUUCUCUAUCAGAGCUCUGCUCCGUGCCACUCACGAGGGCCUGCAGAGAAACCUGCGCAAGAAUUCCAAAGAUGGCAUGAAGAAAUCUCAUAGUCGAUCAUUUAUCAGCAACCUCAAGCACAAGAGGCACUCCAAAUCAAGGCUGAAAUGUCAGAGUGUUGAAACGGAUGAAGACAGCCAGCAGGAGACAUCAGGACAGUUCAACAGAGGUGGAAGGAGGAGGAAAACGAUAAAACUGAGCAGAGAUCUGUCAGAACUUGUGGUGUUCACAAACUCUGUGGUGUCUCAGGAGUGUUUAGAUGAGGGGUCGCCCUAUAACGUUCUGUCAUUUAGUGAGACGCGAUCUCAGCACCUGGUGCACCAUAGAGCCGAACGCUUCUUGACUUUUAACCAGAGGCAGCUCUCUCGGAUCUAUCCCUCCGCCUACCGGAUCGACUCCAGCAACUUCAACCCACAGACAUACUGGAACGUGGGCUGCCAGUUAGUGGCUUUGAACUACCAGACAGAGGGCCGCAUGAUGCAGUUGAACAGAGCUAAGUUUAUGGUGAAUGGAGGCAGCGGUUAUGUGCUGAAACCUGGAGCAAUGAGUAAAGGCUCAUUCAACCCGCUGAACGAUGAUCCGCUGCCUGCAAAUCCAAAGAAACAGCUGGUGAUAAAAAUCAUCAGUGGACAGCAGCUGCCCAAACCUCCUGACUCAAUGCUGGGGGACCGUGGAGAGAUCAUUGAUCCUUUUGUGGAGGUGGAGAUCAUUGGCAUUCCAGCGGACUGCUGUAAAGAACAAACUAGAGUUGUGGAUGACAACGGAUUUAACCCUGUAUGGGAAGAGACCUUGUCUUUUACACUUCACAUGCCUGAGGUGGCUCUGGUGCGUUUCCUGGUCUGGGAUCAUGACCCCAUCGGACGAGACUUUGUGGGACAGAGGACCGUAGCGUUCAGCAGUCUCAUGCCAGGAUAUAGACACGUUUAUUUGGAGGGAAUGACAGAAGCAUCCAUUUUUGUCCAUAUCACAGUGCAUGAAAUCUAUGGGAAGUGGAGUCCUUUAGUCCUCAACCCAAGCUAUACCAUAAUGCACUUGCUAGGAGCUAAUAAGGGUCGUCAGUUGCGGGGCUUCAGAGGCUUAUUCAAUAGAAGUUCAAAGUCUUCAGUAGACACAAAUAUUGGUGUUACACCUCGUAAGCGAUCCAUAUCAGACCACAUCCUCCGGAGAACCGCCAGUGCCCCUGCAAAAGGCCGCAAAAAGAUUAAGAUGCCGUUGGCUGAAGCUUCUAACGAAAGUAAACAAAGUACUGGGGACUCUCAAUCAACUGAGAGAGAGAAAAGAAUGGGAAACAGAAGGGUCCUUCAACAUCGCCCAAUCUCAAUGCCUCUGGAUAAGCUCCUAAAUAGUAACCUCACUCUGACUUCCCCAGACCAGGAAAGCCCAGAUCCUGGACCUGACACAAUCAUUGAUUCCAAACAGAAUGAAAAGCCCAGAUCCAUCUCAAUGGAUCUUCUCAUGGAAACCUCUUCCUUUAAAGAAUCAGAUGACGGUGCCCUUUUUAAUAAUCACAUUCGGGACUGUAACACUGAGCCCAAAGAAACAAAAGAAACUCCUUACCUGGUCAUUGAGGGCUGUAGGGGAAUUGUGGGCAAUCCUCACAAAGAACUCCCAAGAGAUGGUCUCACCCAGACUGAAGCCAAAAAAAUAUGUUCUUCCAAAAAGCCAGCAGACCACUGGUCAGAUGCUUCAGAUAGCUUGCGAACAAAAGAAAGUCAAAGGGAAUCUGGCCAAUUGGAAUCUUCAAGGAAGAAAGUGUUAAUACCCAAGGCAGCCACUUACUCCUCAUCCUCUUCCUCUUCUUCUUCCUCAGAUACCUUUACCAAGUCUGACACUCAAAAGGAUCAAUUAGACCAAAGGAGUCAAGUUUCCCUCCAGGACAGUGCUCUUUCUCGCCUUAUUGAUUCUGUCUCGCUGGAAAAUGAGAAUGAAACCUGUGGGUCAAUUUCUGCUCUGAUUGGCCAAUUUGAGAUGACUGCUGAGCAGAGCACCUUAUUAUCAAACUUGCAACCUGCUGAACUGCGUCCAUUCAAAGUCGAGCAUGCCAGCACCCCAAUAAAGGUCACCCAAGAAUCUGCUUGCAAAGCCUCUGAGUUAACCGACAGACCCUCUAGCCCCGAAACUACUGAACUUGAGGUUUUUACCAUCCUGGAUGAGGAGGUGCUUUCUCCUGUAUCUUCAAACAGCAUUUGUCUGACAAACAUCAAGAAGGACUUUGUUGCAUCUGCAGUCGCUAGCAAAGUAUCUUCCCCCAUCAAGUCCACUGGAGGUAACGUAAGCUUGAGGUUAAACAAAAAGCAAAGAUAUAACAGCCAAUGCCAUUCCACUGGAUCUCUGAUGGAAUAUGAAUUUGGAGGUUACAGAGAAACUUCAAUCAAUAGCACAGUCUCAGAUCGCUUCUUAUUAUGCCAAGACUCCGCAAGCAGCAGUCUGAUGGAGGUGGAGAUCAAUGUAGAUGGAGAUUCCUUGGAUAACACAUUGACUUCUUCAAGCCAGGACCUUCAAUGGUGUAAUAAUGUUCAAAACUCAAACCAGACUUCUUCUUAUCACAUACCAAGACUUGAACCUUCCCAACUCCACAAACCCUCAUAUCAUCCCUCUCCUGUUCAUUCUUACUCAACGGACACAUCAGCUAUUCACAGACACUACCAGUCUCCAUCACACCAAAGUCUUUCUAGUACUGUUGAUCAGCGCAGUCACUUAACCAAUAAAUCCCAUCCAAGGAGAUUUCCACUUGGGACUCACAGAUUAGAUACCACAGAGGAGAGAUACCAAAGUGGCCGUCAAGUAGAGCAUUUGCCAAAAAGCUCUUUGUCCUCGGAAUGUCUUGUAAGGGCUCAAUCCAGGCAUACAUCAUUAGAGAGGGACUUGUAUACACCUGUAUCAGACUAUGACAUGAUGUACAACUCUGUUCCACUGAAAGACCGCCCCGCUCCUCUACGCUCAUAUUCCCAGCCAGCCACACACAUUGAGGCCUUUACUCCUCAUAUCCACAGUGGGCUCUCCCCAACUGCUUCUUCUCAAGUCUCCAAUACAUGCAAGUCCAAAAGCCUUGGAGACCUGACCUCUGAAGACAUUUCAUGUAACUUUCAGAGCAAGUAUAAGGUCAUCAGCCGAAGUUUUGUCACUACCGCAAUGCAAGACCAAAGACGGAUGUGUGGGUCGGCCAGUCGACCGAAGUCUUCUGACCCCUUAACCGAGCAACUUCGUAAGCUUGUGACCUUAGAGCAUGAGGAUUAUCCACGUACCCCCUCCUCCUUUAGUCAACCCACAACUAAACCUCAUACAGUGGUCCCCAAAAGUUCCACCGAUGAUCAUGAGGAUCCUCCACCGUUACUUUCAAGGCGGCUUUCCUCCAGGAGUCAAAGUCGAGUGCGACAUAUAGCCAAUCGUGCGCGUGAGAAACAGCAAGACGCCUUCAAACACAGAUCCACAGAAGUAGUGCUCCGCAAUAAGGUCUCUUCCCAAAAUCCUCCACCGAACAGACAUUCUACUGGUUCGUACAUCGCUGGUUAUUUAGAUCAGCUAGGUCCUGAGGACAGAGGCUUGCCUGAAGGAGCCUGCACUACAAUGCGUUAUGGAUGUGGAGAUGGCUACUAUGCUGAUGAUUUUGUGCUCCCUCAUGACUUUUCCAACCCAUCCGAACCUGAGGUCUACUUCCUGCUUAGGCUUUGACAGUUGUGUUUAUGACUGUGCAUGUAUUUCUCUCUAUCAGUCUGAAAGGAUAUGUAGCAGGACACUUCCAGAUUUGUGUAAAUAUGCUGUAUAUCACAGUUGUGGGUUCUGUUCUUACAUGUACUACCCCUGCUGUAUCAAACUGAUUAUGUUAUGUACUGUAUAUGUGGUCUUUGUCAUUCUUAGAAAAUGUAUUGUUCUGAAUGUGUGUUGUCUCAAGGUAAAAAAAAUGAAGUAACAAAAUUUCUUGGGACUGUUUUGUUGCUAUUUGUUCUUUUGUGUAGUACAACAAAGCCAGGGCUUCACUUUUUAUUCAGUCUUCCUGCAUUUGUUAUUUGUAUGUUUGUGUAGUUUGUACAUACUUUGUUGGUAAAUUUGUCCUCAUUGAAAGCACUAUUUCAUAAAAAUGCUAAUAACUGUGACAUUUUGUCUUUAGAAAACAGCAUGUAAACAUUUUCAGCAUGACUAUGCACAGACCUGUAGAUGCUCCUGUGCUAUGAUUUUGCACAGAAUGAUUCUGUUGUAUUGAAUGCAAUACAGCACAUUAACCUGCUUGCUCUGACUUGCUUGCUUUCUAUUAGUCAUGAAUUAAAAAAGUUUGAAAUUCUUCAUAUUCUAAAGCUGUAUGUUUAAAGUUUUAUUUUUAUAAUUGCUUUGAUACAGAGAGCAAAAAUAACAUUUGUUAGACUUAAUACUUUGUUUUCUUUUUUAAGACAUGGCGACGGAAAUUUUCUUCACACUUCUCCUGUGCUUAAAGGCAUCGAGGUUGUUGUUCUUUUAACAGUUGCUCAUCAAAGAUGAGUGUAAGCUUUUUCCUACCAAUGCAAUAAAUUCUGAAAUGUUUGCCAUGAAGAUGAAAUUUUGAAUUUGUGAUUUCUGUUGUCUUUCAGUAUCUAUGGUUUAUAUUUGAGGAGCUCAGAUGCAAAAGCUGCUAAAUGCCACCAAUUAGAUAAUGACAUUACCCGAAUGCUCUCGCCACGCAUUAUAUGUACCUUCACAGAAAAUCUGCUUAAACCAAUCAGAAAUACCACUUUGUUGGUAGAAUUUGCCAAAACGAUUUUUUCGCAAAAUCCUCUAAAUGCACCAAAGAUGAUAAGGACAGAAACUACAGUGUUUUACAUCCUACUUGUGUCCGUUGUGUGUACUU